AUGGAAUACCUUGGAACCAUGAGCGUGACAGAGACAGGGAAAUCCUGCCUUACGUGGGAUUCCAAGCAAGUGGCUUCUUCCUACGAAUCCAUACCUGCAGGGUUCACUGAGAUCUUGUUCUUCGAGGAGCACUUCCUAAACCAAGACCCAUCCUUCCAUGAGAACUACUGCCGAAACCCAACGGGGUUGGAGAAACCCUGGUGCUUUGUGAAUGAUAAUGACUUGCAGAUGGAGUUUUGCUGGAUUCCUCAAUGCAAUGAUUUCAGCGUACCGGAGUGCAAGUUGACCCAGAAGGGAGGGGAAUACAUGGGCACGAAGGACAAGACCAUUUCAGGCUUUCAUUGCAUUCCGUGGCUCGAUCAUGACAGCAGUGUCGUGGACAGGAUCCGUGGGAGCCGAAAAGGCUCCCUCCCAGAUGAGCUCACUGGGAGCCACAAUUUCUGUCGAAACCCGAAUGGGUAUCCGGGUGGUCCUUGGUGCAAUGUUCGAGAUUCUGGAAGGCCAAAUCUGAAGUGCGAAUAUUGCGAUGUGCCCUUCUGCGAUUUCCACGAUUCGAAAAGAACCAGGGAGUCUCAAGACCAACACUUGUCAAGUGAACCAGCCAAAGAAACUCGGGACCACAGCAACUUCUGCCGGAAUUAUGGCCCGAGGCUUCGGCCCUGGUGUCUGGUAACCGUUGAGGAUGCCACCUGGGAGUACUGUCGCAUCCCGCUCUGCCGUGGUCCGAAAGAGCCGGCGGAAUGCCAACAAACGAAGCAUGGACGAGAAUACUCAGGGUUGAAGAAUGUGACGCGGUCAGGGAAGAAGUGCCAACCCUGGCUGAGCCAAACGCCAAACGAGCAUUCGACCAUACUUUACCUGCCGGCAUUCCCCGAUCCUGGCCUGGACAGUCGUCACAACUACUGUCGGAAUCCUGAUGUCGUAAAGGAGGGACCUUGGUGUUACAACGGAGAGGGUACCAAUCCCGAAUGGGAAUAUUGCGAUAUUCAACUUUGCUAG